AUUUUCGUAUUAUUAAGCAAGUCUUUUGUAAUAGUGGCAAAAAGUGAACGAAAUGAUCAUGUUGUUGCUUUUUUUAUUUAUGCCACUUUAUGGACAAAAAAUUGCCAAUGAGAAAUGCCAAGAAUAUAGCAAGGAAGUAUAUCAAGUAGCUCAUGAUCCAUUUCCAAAGAGGUUCGGAAGAGUCGCUAAACCAAUAUCUACAUGCGCUAUAUUUGAAAAUCCACUAAUUAUUGGUGGUACUGUGACACGACCAAGAGAGUUUCCCCAUAUGGCUGUGAUAGGUUUUGGACCAACAGAAAAUGAACCUUUAGCUUGGUUUUGUGGAGGAAGUUUAAUUAGUGAAAAACACGUGCUUACUGCAGCUCACUGUAGUAAAUCCUAUAGAGGUCCUCCUCAAAAAGCAAAAUUAGGAGCAACAACCCUUAAUGAAACAGGAUACAAUGUUCAAGAAAUUGCUAUAAGUAAAUGUGUGGUACAUCCUAAGUUCGAAACUCCAGUAAAAUACCACGAUAUUGCAAUUUUAUUUCUAAAAACGUCCGUUAGAUUUACAGAGUUUGUUAGACCUGCUUGUCUAAAUACUAAGAUGUCAAACUUUAGUAUAGCUACUGCUACAGGGUUUGGAAAAACUUCAUUUUGCAGUUCUACAAUCAGUAAUUCACUACUUAAAGUAGACCUGAAUUAUGUACGCAAAAAAGAUUGUAAAAAGUUAAUUAAAUUACAAAAAUAUGAAGCGCCUAAGGGUAUUACAGACCAGAUGUUAUGUUUUGGAAAUUUAAAAGGAGGAAAUGACACUUGUGAAGGAGACUCUGGUGGACCUAUUCAGGUUAUACUGGAUCAACCAUACUGUAUGUAUAACAUCAUAGGAGUCACUUCUUUCGGACAAUUUUGUGGUAUGGCAAACUCCCCUGCAAUAUAUACAAAUGUAAAAAAUUACAUUUCGUGGAUUGAAGAUACAAUUUGGAAGUAAAUUAUAAUGAAAAGAAAAUGUAAUUACUAUGUGUUUUGUAAAAUAUUUCAAUUUUCCAAUAAAAUAUCCAAACCUGUAAAAA